AUCGAGACGGGUGAGCAGGUGGAGGCCUUAGGACGAACACUCGGAUUCAAUAUCGCAGAAAUAAAUAGAUACACAGAGACCAACAGGAUAGAAGGACUAGUGACCUGCAAGGGAACACGUGCGAUGCUGUUUGACUGGAGACAGACCGUGAAGCCUUGCGAUCAGCAUCAUAGACUGGAACAAGCUCUCAUUGACGCUAAGCUAGUAAUGCUUGCUGAUACACAUCUCAGGGUGACACCAAAUAAGGGGAUAUCAAGUGAUCCAGAUAUCUACAGUAAGAAGAUCUCGGCAUCAUUGACUGUGCAGCGAUGUCGCGAAAAGUUGGAGAAUAAGUACCGAAAUCAAUUGUGCAAAAUUCAAAUGAAACCGUGGGAUCAAACUGAUUAUGCUGAGUUCAAAGAUAUGCACACGGUUGUCACGAUGGUGCAGAAGGACGCUCGUGGACAAGACACGAAAAAGAAGGAAAUACUCCAGGGUUCUGUUGCUGAAAUAUUUUCAACGAAAGUAAACGGAGAACUGCCAGCUCGAAUCCUCAUUUCGGCCCCCGCUGGAAGAGGAAAGACCACGGCUGUCGCUAAGAUGGCUUACGACUGGGUUCACAGGGAAAAGGGAUCAGAAUUAGAACUACUGCCACUUCUGUUUGUUGUGAAAUUCCGAAACACAAGUCAGCUCACAUCGAUCGGAGAAGCUAUCAAAUCCCAGCUUUUGAGUGAUGUUAAUGAUCUCACACCAGAGGGUUUGGAAAGUUUCAUUAGAGAGAAUCAGGGAAUCUGUCACAUCAUACUAGACGGGCUAGAUGAGUAUGCUGGUAUUUCUUCUUCAAACCGGAGCUUAGGGAGCAACAUUGUCAGUGUCAUCCGCUGGGAGGAAUUUCCAGAGUGUAGAGUCCUUGUAACAACACGCCCUCACCUAGAGAACUUCUUCAAUCAAGCGGAACUUCCUAGAGUAUACACAAAGAUGUGGAUCGAAGGAUUCUCGCAAGAGAGCUCACGUGAGUACAUCGACAAGUUCUUUGCUUCGACUUCGAAUCCUUGUCGUGGACAUGGUCUGAAGGUUUACCUUGAUGACCAACCACUGAUUAAUGAACUUGUUAAAACGCCUUUAUUUUGUCUCAUGGUCUGUCACUUAUGGAGCGAGGAGCGUUUGGACACUGAAACUGCAACUCAAACAGAAUUAUUAGACAGCGUGAAUGUUUUUCUGAUGCACCAUGCCAAUGCCCGAGCAACAUCAACAUACAACAUAGCAGAAGAAGAACUUAUCGAAAUAAUUCGUAAGCUGGGUGAGGUUGCUCUAGCUGGUCUAAUCGACGACUCUAAAAAACUAGUCUUCACGCCCCAUGAUUUCCGAAGAGUCCCCGCUAUCCUUGAUAGGGCAUGUGAGCUUGGGAUAUUAUCCAAGACGACGAUUCCAACGACAAUGCUCCCACGAUCUCACAAUACCACAUCCACGACCAUUGAGUUUUAUCACAAACUCGUUCAGGAACACUCGGCUGGGAAAUACCUUGCUGCUAAAACAAAGAAAUAUACAUGUAUGUUACGACUGAAGAUUUCUAAGUUGGACAGACUGCUGCGAAACAUCAAAGCAAACAUCGGUGACUAUGAGAAUCUCAUCCGAUUUGCUGCUGGCACAGAUAACGGCCUUUGCAUACGAAUAAUGGAGACGCUCCUUUCCAACCGAUUUUUGGAUGAGAGCGAACGAUAUCGAAUUCUCCUAGACUGUUCAUCAGAGACCAAGGGUACUCAACAAGAUGUGUCUUCGUUGGUUCAAAGAUGUGUAAAUGCAGAGAGUAUUGUUCUGAAGUCACCGACUGUCUACACCGUCGUUGGGAUGCAAAAUCUUCCAAAGCAACUUAAACGUCAGGUUAGGACAGUAAAGUUCGAGGGGUCUACUCUAACUACCGACGUGACGAGUGGACUAUGGUCCUGCCUCAAAGACUUUUCGAUGUUAGAUACUCUCGUCAUCUCAGACUCGUCUCUCAGUUUCCCUCCAUUUCUUCCGGUGCUUAUAUCAGUCACAAACCUAUCAGCCGAGAUAGUGACGUCACAAAGCUACGAAGGAGUGCUCCCAUCGAUACCUGGAGUGAGAGAUAUCGAUGUCUCUAUCGAUGUUGCAGAGACGAGCAACACUUUUCAGAUCACCACCGCAUCCAGGCCUAUGAAUCAGACUAUGGCUAUGGAUGAACAGUUCUUUGUUCAUAUCAGACUACACGCCUUGAAAGCACUCACCACAGACAGGAAAACCGAGUCAGGAGAGACAAUUGGAGGGCUAAGCCUUCUAUUUGAAGACCAAACCAAAAAGCAACAACGGCUGCAUGUGUCAGGGGUGAGGGGCAGAGACGAAGAAACAUUGGUGGACCUGCUUGUCAAGACUAAACAACUAACGUACCUGAAUUCGAGGAGUGGAGGUGGUACUCUAGACAAAAAGAACAACGUCCAGAAUACUCGGCUUGAGAUAAAGCAAUGCCAGCUAUCUACAGAGGUGACCACAAAGUUGUGGUCCUGUCUCAGAUCCUUCACCUCACUGAACCAUAUCACCAUCUCAGACUCCUCUCUCAGUUUCCCUCCAUCUGCUCCGGAGCUUCCAUCCGUCACAAAGCUAACAGCCGAGAGAGUGACGUCACAUAGCUAUGAAGGUCUGCUCUCAUCGAUACCUGGAGUGAGAGAUAUCGAUGUCUCUAUCGAUGUUGCAGAGACGAGCAACACUUUUCAGAUCACCACCGCAUCCAGGCCUAUGAAUCAGACUAGGUCUACGGCUAUUGUUUAUAUCAGACUAGGCCUAGGCCUACACGCCUUGACGGCACUCACCACAGACAGCAAAAUUGAGUCAGGAGAGACAGGGCUUAGUCUUCUAUUUGAUGACCAAACCAAAAACCAACAACGGCUGCAUGUGUCCAGGGUGUGGGGCAGAGUCGGAGAGGCCUUGGUGGACCUGUUUGUCAAGACUAAACAACUAACGUACUUGAAUUCGGGGAGUGGAGGUGGUACUCUAGACAAAAAGAACAACGUCCAGAAUACUCGGCUUGAGAUAAAGCAAUGCCAGCUAUCUACUGAGAUGACCGAAAAAUUGUGGUCCUCCCUAAGAUCCUUCACCUCACUGAACCAUCUCACCAUCUCAGAGUCCUCUCUCAGUUUUUCUCCAUCUCCUCCUGAGCUUCCAUUCGUCACAAAGCUAUCAGCCGUGAGAGUGACGUCACAAAGCUAUGAAGGUCUGCUCUCAUCGCUUCCUGGCUUGAGAGAUAUCGUAAUCUCUAUCGAUGAUGCAGAGAGACAGAUACCUCAGAUCACGGCUGGUCUUCGUCGGGCCGGAGGACAACAGCUCACACACAUCGAGCUUAGAGCAUCGACAUUACUCUCAGAGAAGAAGAAGAAGGUAUCGAGAGAGACGAUGAGAGGACUGGGUCUUCUGAUCAUAGAACAAACCAAGAAGCUACAGCGGCUAGAUCUGAUCGGAGUGAAGUGCACAGACGAGGAAGACUUGGUUUACCUCAUCGAGUGUUGCAGACAUGUGAAGACGAUGGCAGAGCUGUGGUUACUGAUCUGUGGAACUAUGGAUGGCGGCAGACUGAAACAUCAUCUCAGAGGUAUUCGACCACGCGGCAACCUCCUUGUGGAACUUCGACAUACUGUGGAAAAGGUGCGGUAUGGAUGUUGCUUUGCUGCAGCACUAGUUGGAGGUAGACUUUCGAACCGAAAGGAUGAACUCAGAGAACUGUGA